AUGUCGAUUGAAGACGGAAAAUACAUCCAACAAAAUAACCCCGCACCACCAAAAAUUGCAAACCCAGGACCUCUUGGUCUCAGUGGUUUCGCUUUAACCACAUUCGUCCUUUCAAUCCAUAACGCAGGCUCCACCGAUAUCGCAGCACCAAAUAUCACUAUUGGUUUGGCUUUGUUCUAUGGAGGUCUCGUACAGCUUUUAGCUGGUAUGUGGGAAUUUAAGACAGGUAACACUUUUGGUGCUACUGCCUUCUCUUCAUAUGGUGGUUUCUGGAUGUCAUUCGCUGCUAUCCUUAUCCCUGGUUUUGGCAUUUCUGGCUCCGAGGGUUUGGGCCAUGCUAUCGUUACUUUCUUGCUUUUCUUGGCCACUUUCCGUUCAACUGGCGGAAUAUUGCUUCUCUUCCUCUUCUUGACUCUCACUUUCUUACUUUUGACCAUUGGAAGUUUUACCACUGACACUAACAAAAUCGCAACUAAAAUUGGUGGUGUCCUCGGAAUUAUCACUGCUCUUAUCGCUUGGUAUAACGCACUCGCAGGUCUCGUAACAUAUGCUACUCUGCCAACUUUCGACUUGUCCGGUAAACGCGAUUAA